AUGGAUAAAAGAAGGACUUAUGCAGUUAUUGGAAAAAAUAUCAUUAAAAAAAUUUCAAAUAAAACAAUACUUGAUGAUGUGAAUAUUUCCGUUGAAAAACAAUCAAUUUAUUCGGUGUUGGGCGAAAAUAGUUCGGGCAAAUCGGUAUUGCUCAGUUGUCUGUCGGGCAUUUUGGAACAUGACGGUGGUGACGUGAUGAUGUUGACGGAUGACGCUGAAGUGACCUCCGGUAAUAGUAGUGGCAUGGUAGGUAGUCUCGGGGGCAGCCGCGGCGUCGGCGUCGGUGUGGAGCAAACGGUCACGCGUCGACGUCCCAAGAUAGGAUUUGCCCCACAGAAUUUCGACGUGCCCGGACCGAUGCUAAUUUACCAUCUACUGUACUUUAUCGGUGCCGUCAACGGACUAAUUGUCGACCAAAUCGUAGAAAGGUACAAGAGCCUAGUACCGAUGACCGGGUUGCCAGUGACCACGAACUUCUUGGUCGACCGACUAAGAUUAAGCCAGAAGAAAGUUUUAUCUCUGGUGUUAGCAAUUCUACACGAUCCCGAAGUUAUUAUUUUAGACGACAUCACUACUGGCAUGGACUCCGUAACGUUAAAAAAGUAG